GGCGGCGGCGGCAGCGGCGGCGGUCGAGGCUGAGGCGGCGGCGGCGGGCGGGGCUCGGCUCGGGCUCCGCGGGCGGGCGGGCGGACAUGGCGGCCAACAUGUACCGGGUCGGAGAUUACGUUUACUUUGAGAAUUCCUCCAGCAACCCGUACCUAAUCCGAAGGAUAGAGGAACUCAACAAGACCGCAAGCGGCAAUGUGGAAGCAAAAGUUGUCUGCUUUUACAGAAGACGUGACAUCUCCAACACGCUUAUCAUGCUCGCCGACAAGCAUGCUAAAGAAACUGAGGAGGAAUCGGAGACCACGGUUGAAGCUGACUUGACGGAGAAACAGAAGCACCAGCUGAAACACAGGGAGCUCUUUCUGUCCCGCCAGUACGAGUCGCUGCCUGCAACACAUAUCAGGGGGAAGUGCAGCGUGGCCCUGCUGAACGAGACGGAAUCAGUGUUGUCAUACCUUGACAAAGAGGAUACCUUCUUCUACUCACUGGUCUAUGACCCUUCCGUGAAAACAUUAUUGGCCGACAAAGGUGAAAUCAGAGUGGGCCCAAAGUACCAAGCUGACAUUCCAGACAUGCUACCAGAAGGAGACUCAGAUGAGAGGGAGCAAUCAAAAUUGGAAGUUAAGGUUUGGGAUCCCAAUAGUCCACUUACGGAUCGACAGAUUGACCAGUUUUUAGUUGUAGCCCGUGCUGUGGGAACGUUUGCCCGCGCCCUGGACUGCAGCAGCUCCGUGAGGCAACCCAGCCUGCACAUGAGUGCGGCCGCAGCCUCCCGAGACAUCACCUUGUUCCACGCCAUGGACACACUGUACAGGCACGGCUAUGACCUAAGCAGCGCCAUCAGUGUGCUGGUGCCGCUCGGAGGGCCGGUCCUCUGCAGGGACGAGAUGGAGGAGUGGUCGGCCUCUGAAGCCAGCCUGUUCGAAGAAGCACUGGAAAAAUACGGCAAAGAUUUCAAUGACAUCCGUCAGGACUUUCUCCCGUGGAAAUCCUUGACUAGCAUCAUUGAAUAUUAUUACAUGUGGAAAACUACUGACAGAUAUGUGCAGCAGAAGCGCCUAAAGGCCGCAGAAGCCGAGAGCAAACUGAAGCAAGUGUACAUCCCAACUUACAAACCAAAUCCCAACCAAAUCUCCAGCAGCAACGGCAAGGCUGGCACUGUGAAUGGAGCUGUGGGGACCCCAUUCCAGCCCCAGAGCGCCCUCCUAGGACGAGCCUGCGAGAGCUGCUACGCCACACAGUCUCACCAGUGGUAUUCCUGGGGCCCACCUAACAUGCAGUGUAGACUCUGCGCGACCUGUUGGCUGUAUUGGAAAAAGUAUGGCGGUCUGAAAAUGCCUACCCAGUCAGAUGAAGAGAAGUCUCCCAGCCCAACUGCAGAGGACCCGCGCGCGAGAAGCCACAUGUCCCGGCAGGCCUUGCAGGGCAUGCCGGUCCGGAACACCGGGAGCCCCAAGUCUGCAGUGAAGACCCGCCAAGCUUUCUUCCUUCGUACUACGUAUUUCACAAAAAUUGCUCGUCAGGUCUGCAAAAACACCCUGCGGCUGCGGCAGGCAGCGAGACGGCCGUUUGUUGCUAUUAAUUAUGCUGCCAUUAGGGCAGAAUAUGCAGACAGACACGCCGAACUUUCUGGAAGCCCACUGAAAAGCAAAAGCACCAGGAAACCUUUGUCAUGUAUCAUUGGGUAUUUAGAGAUCCAUCCCGCAAAGAAACCUAAUGUAAUUCGGUCUCCACCGAGCCUGCAAACUCCAGCUACCAAGAGGAUGCUCACCACUCCGAAUCACACAUCUCUGAGCAUUCUGGGGAAAAGAAACUACAGCCAUCACAAUGGUCUAGAUGCCUCCAAGAUUCGGAUGGUGAAUUCUCUGAUUUUCGGAAGGGGAGGACAUGAACUCAGAAGCCUGCAACUAGAAACUGUAAAAGAGAUUGCUUUUGUGGCGCGGCCGGUUGAUCAGAGGGCAGAGUCUCCAAGUCCACGGGCUUCAAGUACUUCUGAGUAGUCAAACCAAUAGGGAACAUUUUGCAGAAAACAAAAACUCACCUGCUGUGUGUCAGACUGAGCUAUCCCCACUCCAUCCUGUACUCCAAGAUCUGCUACUGUCCUGCUGGUGGUCACAGCCAUGCCUGGAAAGGAGGCAGCCCCCUCCAGUGGGAGGGCUCCAUGUACACCCCUGGCAAGCCCCAAGGGGGCAGGGAAGAAACUGUAGGAGCACACAAUCUGGAUCUGUGACUCCGUGUGUGACCAGUGGCACCUAGCUUCCUUCCUGGAGACCUUGCUGUUCCAGAGUGGACUUGUCUGCGAGCUGAGGCAGGGGUCUUUCAGCCUCCUGGCUUCCCAGUUCCCAAUUUCUAGAUGCAGCUGGCUCAGCUGUGAGACUGCUGAGAGCCCAGAGCCCCAAUGCCCUGCAUGUGUGCACCCUCUUGUUUCAUGCUGUGAAAUUAUGUACAGGAGAGACACAGCAUCUUUCUGAGCAGAUUCUCUUUCAGAAUAUGCCAGUGUUUCUGCAGUUCACCGUAGUUCCCUGCCCUCACUAUUGUAUCUCUUGGCUUUUUCUCAGUAAGCCGCCUUUCUUUCCUCACUGGGGAAAUGAUUCUUUCCUUUCUGCAUCUUGUACAGGGUUUGCUCCCACCCUCUGUGGGGCCUGAGGGUCUGGAGAGCCUGUGAGUGACUCUCAGCAUCUGUUCAGUCACUGGAGAGAAGCUGGGGGUGGGGUCGGUUUGCCUGCAGUCCUGUAGCGCUCCCCAGAGAGCAGGUGUUGAUCGUGCCAAGUGUGCGCACCACUGUGACAAGCGGUUGGCUUGCUGCCCUCUCCCCUUAUAGCUAACCAGCUGACAAAGACCUGGAACUGGGGUGGAAGGCUCCCCCAUUUUAUCUGAAGUAGACUCUGUUGGGCCUGAGGGCUGGGGUAAAAGGGCGGAAAUCCUAUUUGUAGAUAUAAGUCUCUGUCCAUGGCUUGCGUUCCCUCGCUCUUGCAGCUCAGUGUCUUUGUGAGCGCUUGUGAGGCCCCUGGAGACCUGCCUAUUUUGCUGCCCUGAAUACCAGCCUUCAGUGACAUCCCGGAUGACUCCUCUGCCAGCCAGCCUCUGCAGUCACCAAAGUAACUCCCUAAGCAGAGGACGGACGCGGCCACCUCUCCAUUAGCAGGGACAAGCUGUGGAGCGCAGAAUCCCAGGGCUGUGAUAGGUGACUAGCUUCUGACCUUGCAACCACCUCCUCGGGGCCUGUGUCUUAAAGCAGCUGGGUGGCUGUAGGGGGGACACCCCCUCCCCCCAAACAGGUUGCUGCAAGGCAGAGUUGCCAUAGCUGGAACUGAAUCCCUAAGAGGAGUAAAUUGUCACAAAAAUAACGACCUCUGGGUUGUUGCAAGGCAGAGUUGCCAUAGCUGGAACCGAAUCCCUAAGAGGAGUAAAUUGUCACAAAAAUAACGACCUCUGGAAGUCUGUGUUCCGUGCAGCAGAAAGGAGGGUGCCUGUGGCUGAGGACACUGGUCAGGGCACCAGCUGCCUUGUCGUCUCUCAGAGUUCUCUGGGGAGGAGGUUCUUUUCAUCAUCAGCCUUUACACAGCUAUGACAAGUCCCCAUCACUGCUGGGCCACGGCUUGGGACCCUGCAGGUGGGGCCUGGGUCACUGGUGGCCCAUGAAACACGUGCAGGUGGCUGGCAUUUCACUAUAGUACCCCCAUCAGCAAAGACCCCAAAGAGGGAGCAACUGGCCUUUGGGGUGGUGUCUCAGUUAGGGUUUUAUUACUGUGAACAGACACCAUGACCAAGACAACCCUGAUAAAGGACAACAUUACAUUGGGGCUGGCUUACAGGUUCAGAGGUUCAGUCCAUUACCAUCAGGGUGGGAAGCACGGCAGUGUCCAGGAAGGCCUGACGCUAGAGAAGGAGCCAAGAGUUCUACAUCUUGAUUCACAGGCAGCAGAAGGAGACGGUGUGCUACACUGAGCAGAGCUUGAGCAUAGGAGACCUCAAAGCCCGCCCCCCCCCCACAGUGACACACUCCCUCCAACAAAGCCACACCUCCUAAUAGUGCCACUCCCUGUAGGCCAAGUAUUCAAACAUAUGAAUCAUUGUGGGGGGGGAGGGGAGCAUACUUAUUCAAGCCACCAUAGAUAUUCUCUUGAAAAAAGAGAGAAGAGAUAGCACAGUUGUCUCUCACCCUGCCCUGGGUUUAUGUGGCACAGAGACACAGGGAGAAAUGCUCGCCUCCUUCCCUGUUUAUUUUCCUCUUCUACCCUGGCACACCACGAGUGACAGCUCAUCAUGCGAACCGCCAGUCACCCCGACUGCCGAGGUCUCAUCCUCUCUGCCAGGCCCAGAAGAUCUGGAGAAAGGCCUCGCCGGGGCUGAUAGCAGCUCAGGAGGCCUUGUCCUAGCCUGGGUCACAGUUGGCUUCGGGAAAAGCACAGCGCAUGUGGAGCCCCGCGUAUCCAGAAUGUUCUCGUUUCACCUUGCUGGUGAGAGCGGGCUCUUGCAGCCUCACCCUCCCCGACGUGUAAUGUAAGCAACUUCGCUCCUCCACCUGACUACUGGGAAACCCAGGACACAGCAGGAAUGUUCCAGGGUAGGUUCCAAGGGACCCAGUCUCUUGUCGUUGCCUUUUUGAGCACUUGGUGUUAAGAGAGCUUCUUACCACAGCCUUUCUGAGGCUGUCAUGGGGACUGGUGACCUGUCACCGUCGCCCAGUGAGCAGAGGAUAGCCACGUUGAGGCUCUCUCCACGGGCAUACAGUCAUGCCAGGUCCCCUGGGAGGACCCAAGAAACGUCUGCCCUCAGACAUUGCCACUGUCCGGAUAAACUGAGGGGAUACGAAAGUGGGGAGCUGAAGGAGGCUGCUGGAAGCUCCCCCGGUUCUGCCUUGUCUACUACGGCCCAGUGUCUAUCACCCAGGGCCCAGCCAGGAGAGCAAAACUUGUAUUUAGGGUUCAGAACUAAGGUGAGAAUAGCAGGACUGGAGAGCGCGGGCCAGAUGUACACACUGACGCCCGCCGUGACCCUGAAACUACAGGGCGGAACCACCGCGAAGCAGCCCAAACCACGAGGCGUCAGAAUCGGGAGAAAGAACUUAGCCUCUCCCUCCCACCCUCUCCAUUUCUGUGGGUGCAUCCCACUAGCUGGCUCCAGCCGGAAGCCAGCUACCCUGGGAACCUGUGGGCUCAGCAAGCAGCAGGGGGAGAGGAAGAGAGGGGCAAGGAAGAGCAGCCCCGGGGCAGGGGUACCCCUGUUGCUCUGUUUUCGGAGAAUGGCAGUUCCUCUGCAAUGCUAAGACCUUGGGGAAGGAGGCAGAGGAGUGGCCUGCUUGGGCCUAUAGAUUGUUUUCAUUCUUCUGGGGGAGGAAAGAGCUUUACUGGGAGGGAAAGCCUUCCUGCACAGUCGACCCUGCUCUCCUUAGAAGGAAUUUGCCCACUAAAGUACCUUGCCUUGUGCUCCCUCUAGAAAGCCAUGUUCUGGUUUCUGUGUACACCCCCGCCUGGUCCUCUCCUCCCAGUUUCCGGUUUCUCUCCUCCCCCAACCCCUAGGAGCACGAACCAGAGCUGACCUCAGUGCUCCGGAAAGCUCUCUCCCAUGCAGUGCCAGGGUGGCCUGUCUGUCCCUAGGAGAGGCCAUCUAUCUGUCAGUUUGUAUUGUGUUUCCAAUAAAUUUCUG